AUGUUUUAUGAAAAAGCGAGGACAUUCUCAUCCGAACCGGAAGAAAGUGAGAAAGCAAAUGGGAUGGGGAGGCAUGGGCAAGAAAAAGAAGAAAUGAAAAGAAAAGAAGAGGCGAGUGUUCUGUUCACAAAUAUUUACCCAACAGCUCAGCAUUGUUUCGCAGUGUCUGAUAAAAUUUCCUCGCUUUAUGUAUCGAAAACCGACAACGAGGCCGAAAAAGCUUGA